AUGUACAUUACUACUAUCCUAGAGAGAUUUAACCUGUUUGAUUGCAAGCAGUUAGUUGUUCUAGUGUUGCAGGGAAUGAAGCUUUCUAUUGAAGAUUGUCCAAAAUAUCCUUCUGAGAUGGAGGACAUGUCCAAGGUGCCCUAUGCAAGUGCAGUUGGCAGCCUAACGUAUGCAAUAGUUUAUACUAGGCUAGAUAUUGCUCAAGUAGUGGGAGUACUAAGUCGGUUUAUGGCAAAUCUAGGAAGGCUACAUUGGGAUGCUAUGAAGAAGGCGUUUAUAUGUCUGAGAGGUACUUCUCAAUAUGCUCUCUAUUACCAUGGUAACUUGGUUGGAUCACUGAGGACUGUCAACAUUCAGGGAUAUGUGGAUUCUGAUUGGGUAGGGGACAUUGACAACAAUAGAUCCACCAAUGGAUAUGUUUUCACGUUGAAUGGUGGUGCAAUAAGUUGGAUGGGCAAGCGACAAGUUGUAGUCGCUUUGUCCACUACAAAGGCAGAGUACAUGGAAGCAACUCGUGCCUGUCAAGAGGAUAUUUGGCUUAAGCGUUUGUGUUCUGAUGUUGGCUUUAAUGUAGGGCAAAUUUCUAUGUGUUGUGAUAGUUAG